AUGGCAGACACAGAAACCGGAGGCGCUUCUGUGUCAGAACCGCUGGACCUGGUGCGCCUGUCGUUGGACGAGAUUGUCUUUGUCAAGCUACGCGGGGAUCGCGAAUUGAAAGGCCGGCUUCAUGCUUACGAUAGUCACUGCAACCUGGUUCUGGGCGACGUCGAGGAGACAAUUUAUGUGGUUGAGGAGGACGAGAACGAGGAAGAGACUGUGAAGGUAUGUCUCUGCCUACAUAUUUCUAGCAUGAGGACGAAUUAUCGGGUUAUUUGGAUAAUAUGA